AUGUCUGAAUCCGCUGUGGAGACUUUAGAGGAAGCCCUAGGUCCCUGCCUCAUUUUGACGGAAUCCUCACAUCCCGCUGACACCUCGAGAGGCACGCGGAGUUCAUUGCUUCAAAAGACGUAUGCCAACUUUCCAGAAGCACCUCAGGAGGAGGCUUCUCUCAGCAAUAGGCUCAAGACGUAUUCCAACUUUCCAGAAGCACCUCAGGAGGAGGCUUCUCUCAGCAAUAGGCUCAAGACGUAUGCCAACUUUCCAGAAGCACCUCAGGAGGAGGCUUCUCUCAGCAAUAGGCUCAACACGUAUGCCAACUUUCCAGAAGCACCUCAGGAGGAGGCUUCUCUCAGCAAUAGGCUCAAGACGUAUGCCAACUUUCCAGAAGCACCUCAGGAGGAGGCUUCUCUCAGCAAUAGGCUCAAGACGUAUGCCAACUUUCCAGAAGCACCUCAGGAGGAGGCUUCUCUCAGCAAUAGGCUCAACACGUAUGCCAACUUUCCAGAAGCACCUCAGGAGGAGGCUUCUCUCAGCAAUAGGCUCAAGACGUAUGCCAACUUUCCAGAAGCACCUCAGGAGGAGGCUUCUCUCAGCAAUAGGCUCAAGACGUAUGCCAACUUUCCAGAAGCACCUCAGGAGGAGGCUUCUCUCAGCAAUAGGCUCAACACGUAUGCCAACUUUCCAGAAGCACCUCAGGAGGAGGCUUCUCUCAGCAAUAGGCUCAAGACGUAUGCCAACUUUCCAGAAGCACCUCAGGAGGAGGCUUCUCUCAGCAAUAGGCUCAAGACUUAUGCCAACUUUCCAGAAGCACCUCAGGAGGAGGCUUCUGUCAGCAAUAGGCUCAAGACGUAUGCCAACUUUCCAGAAGCACCUCAGGAGGAGGCUUCUCUCAGCAAUAGGCUCAAGACGUAUGCCAACUUUCCAGAAGCACCUCAGGAGGAGGCUUCUCUCAGCAAUAGGCUCAAGACGUAUGCCAACUUUCCAGAAGCACCUCAGGAGGAGGCUUCUCUCAGCAAUAGGCUCAAGACGUAUGCCAACUUUCCAGAAGCACCUCAGGAGGAGGCUUCUCUCAGCAAUAGGCUCAAGACGUAUGCCAACUUUCCAGAAGCACCGCAGGAGGAGGCUUCUCUCAGCAAUAGGCUCAAGACGUAUGCCAACUUUCCAGAAGCACCUCAGGAGGAGGCUUCUCUCAGCAAUAGGGUCAAGACGUAUUCCAACUUUCCAGAAGCACCUCAGGAGGAGGCUUCUCUCAGCAAUAGGCUCAAGACGUAUGCCAACUUUCCAGAAGCACCUCAGGAGGAGGCUUCUCUCAGCAAUAGGCUCAAGACGUAUGCCAACUUUCCAGAAGCACCUCAGGAGGAGGCUUCUCUCAGCAAUAGGCUCAAGACGUAUGCCAACUUUCCAGAAGCACCGCAGGAGGAGGCUUCUCUCAGCAAUAGGCUCAAGACGUAUGCCAACUUUCCAGAAGCACCUCAGGAGGAGGCUUCUCUCAGCAAUAGGGUCAAGACGUAUUCCAACUUUCCAGAAGCACCUCAGGAGGAGGCUUCUCUCAGCAAUAGGCUCAAGACGUAUGCCAACUUUCCAGAAGCACCUCAGGAGGAGGCUUCUCUCAGCAAUAGGCUCAACACGUAUGCCAACUUUCCAGAAGCACCUCAGGAGGAGGCUUCUCUCAGCAAUAGGCUCAAGACGUAUGCCAACUUUCCAGAAGCACCUCAGGAGGAGGCUUCUCUCAGCAAUAGGCUCAAGACGUAUGCCAACUUUCCAGAAGCACCUCAGGAGGAGGCUUCUCUCAGCAAUAGGCUCAAGACGUAUGCCAACUUUCCAGAAGCACCUCAGGAGGAGGCUUCUCUCAGCAAUAGGCUCAAGACGUAUGCCAACUUUCCAAAAGCACCUCAGGAGGAGGCUUCUCUCAGCAAUAGGCUCAAGACGUAUGCCACCUUUCCAGAAGAACCGCAGGAGGACGCUUCUCUCAGCAAUAGGCUCAAGACGUAUGCCAACUUUCCAGAAGCACCUCAGGAGGAGGCUUCUCUCAGCAAUAGGCUCAAGACGUAUGCCAACUUUCCAGAAGCACCGCAGGAGGAGGCUUCUCUCAGCAAUAGGCUCAAGACGUAUGCCAACUUUCCAGAAACACCGCAGGAGGAGGCUUCUCUCAGCAAUAGGCUCAAGACGUAUGCCACCUUUCCAGAAGCACCUCAGGAGGAGGCUUCUCUCAGCAAUAGGCUCAAGACGUAUGCCACCUUUCCAGAAGCACCUCAGGAGGAGGCUUCUGUCAGCAAUAGGCUCAAGACGUAUGCCACCUUUCCAGAAGCACCUCAGGAGGAGGCUUCUCUCAGCAAUAGGCUCAAGACGUAUGCCACCUUUCCAGAAGCACCUCAGGAGGAGGCUUCUGUCAGCAAUAGGCUCAAGACGUAUGCCACCUUUCCAGAAGCACCUCAGGAGGAGGCUUCUGUCAGCAACAGGCUCAAGACGUAUGCCACCUUUCCAGAAGCACCUCAGGAGGAGGCUUCUCUCAGCAAUAGGCUCAAGACGUAUGCCACCUUUCCAGAAGCACCUCAGGAGGAGGCUUCUGUCAGCAAUAGGCUCAAGACGUAUGCCAACUUUCCAGAAGCACCUCAGGAGGAGGCUUCUCUCAGCAAUAGGCUCAAGACGUAUGCCAACUUUCCAGAAGCACCUCAGGAGGAGGCUUCUCUCAGCAAUAGGCUCAAGACGUAUGCCACCUUUCCAGAAGCACCUCAGGAGGAGGCUUCUCUCAGCAAUAGGCUCAAGACGUAUGCCACCUUUCCAGAAGCACCUCAGGAGGAGGCUUCUCUCAGCAAUAGGCUCAAGACGUAUGCCACCUUUCCAGAAGCACCUCAGGAGGAGGCUUCUCUCAGCAAUAGGCUCAAGACGUAUGCCACCUUUCCAGAAGCACCUCAGGAGGAGGCUUCUCUCAGCAAUAGGCUCAAGACGUAUGCCACCUUUCCAGAAGCACCUCAGGAGGAGGCUUCUCUCAGCAAUAGGCUCAAGACGUAUGCCACCUUUCCAGAAGCACCUCAGGAGGAGGCUUCUCUCAGCAAUAGGCUCAAGACGUAUGCCACCUUUCCAGAAGCACCUCAGGAGGAGGCUUCUCUCAGCAAUAGGCUCAAGACGUAUGCCACCUUUCCAGAAGCACCUCAGGAGGAGGCUUCUCUCAGCAAUAGGCUCAAGACGUAUGCCACCUUUCCAGAAGCACCUCAGGAGGAGGCUUCUCUCAGCAAUAGGCUCAAGACGUAUGCCAACUUUCCAGAAGCACCGCAGGAGGAGGCUUCUCUCAGCAAUAGGCUCAAGACGUAUGCCAACUUGCCAGAAGCACCGCAGGAGGAGGCUUCUCUCAGCAAUAGGCUCAAGACGUAUGCCACCUUUCCAGAAGCACCUCAGGAGGAGGCUUCUCUCAGCAAUAGGCUCAAGACGUAUGCCAACUUUCCAGAAGCACCUCAGGAGGAGGCUUCUCUCAGCAAUAGGCUCAAGACGUAUGCCACCUUUCCAGAAGCACCUCAGGAGGAGGCUUCUCUCAGCAAUAGGCUCAAGACGUAUGCCACCUUUCCAGAAGCACCUCAGGAGGAGGCUUCUCUCAGCAAUAGGCUCAAGACGUAUGCCACCUUUCCAGAAGCACCUCAGGAGGAGGCUUCUCUCAGCAAUAGGCUCAAGACGUAUGCCACCUUUCCAGAAGCACCUCAGGAGGAGGCUUCUCUCAGCAAUAGGCUCAAGACGUAUGCCACCUUUCCAGAAGCACCUCAGGAGGAGGCUUCUCUCAGCAAUAGGCUCAAGACGUAUGCCAACUUUCCAGAAGCACCGCAGGAGGAGGCUUCUCUCAGCAAUAGGCUCAAGACGUAUGCCAACUUGCCAGAAGCACCGCAGGAGGAGGCUUCUCUCAGCAAUAGGCUCAAGACGUAUGCCAACUUUCCAGAAGCACCUCAGGAGGAGGCUUCUCUCAGCAAUAGGCUCAAGACGUAUGCCACCUUUCCAGAAGCACCUCAGGAGGAGGCUUCUCUCAGCAAUAGGCUCAAGACGUAUGCCACCUUUCCAGAAGCACCUCAGGAGGAGGCUUCUCUCAGCAAUAGGCUCAAGACGUAUGCCACCUUUCCAGAAGCACCUCAGGAGGAGGCUUCUCUCAGCAAUAGGCUCAAGACGUAUGCCACCUUUCCAGAAGCACCUCAGGAGGAGGCUUCUCUCAGCAAUAGGCUCAAGACGUAUGCCACCUUUCCAGAAGCACCUCAGGAGGAGGCUUCUCUCAGCAAUAGGCUCAAGACGUAUGCCACCUUUCCAGAAGCACCUCAGGAGGAGGCUUCUCUCAGCAAUAGGCUCAAGACGUAUGCCACCUUUCCAGAAGCACCUCAGGAGGAGGCUUCUCUCAGCAAUAGGCUCAAGACGUAUGCCACCUUUCCAGAAGCACCUCAGGAGGAGGCUUCUCUCAGCAAUAGGCUCAAGACGUAUGCCACCUUUCCAGAAGCACCUCAGGAGGAGGCUUCUCUCAGCAAUAGGUUCAAGACGUAUGCCAACUUUCCAGAAGCACCUCAGGAGGAGGCUUCUCUCAGCAAGAGGCUCAAGACGUAUGCCAACUUUCCAGAAGCACCUCAGGAGGAGGCUUCUCUCAGCAAUAGGUUCAAGACGUAUGCCAACUUUCCAGAAGCACCUCAGGAGGAGGCUUCUCUCAGCAAGAGGCUCAAGACGUAUGCCAACUUUCCAGAAGCACCUCAGGAGGAGGCUUCUCUCAGCAAUAGGCUCAAGACGUAUGCCAAUUUUCCAGAAGCACCUCAGGAGGAGGCUUCUCUCAGCAAUAGGCUCAAGACGUAUGCCACCUUUCCAGAAGCACCUCAGGAGGAGGCUUCUCUCAGCAAUAGGCUCAAGACGUAUGCCACCUUUCCAGAAGCACCUCAGGAGGAGGCUUCUCUCAGCAAUAGGCUCAAGACGUAUGCCAACUUUCCAGAAGCACCUCAGGAGGAGGCUUCUCUCAGCAAUAGGCUCAAGACGUAUGCCACCUUUCCAGAAGCACCUCAGGAGGAGGCUUCUCUCAGCAAUAGGCUCAAGACGUAUGCCACCUUUCCAGAAGCACCUCAGGAGGAGGCUUCUCUCAGCAAUAGGCUCAAGACGUAUGCCACCUUUCCAGAAGAACCUCAGGAGGAGGCUUCUCUCAGCAAUAGGCUCAAGACGUAUGCCAACUUUCCAGAAGCACCUCAGGAGGAGGCUUCUCUCAGCAAUAGGCUCAAGACGUAUGCCACCUUUCCAGAAGAACCUCAGGAGGAGGCUUCUCUCAGCAAUAGGCUCAAGACGUAUGCCACCUUUCCAGAAGCACCUCAGGAGGAGGCUUCUCUCAGCAAUAGGCUCAAGACGUAUGCCACCUUUCCAGAAGCACCUCAGGAGGAGGCUUCUCUCAGCAAUAGGCUCAAGACGUAUGCCACCUUUCCAGAAGCACCUCAGGAGGAGGCUUCUCUCAGCAAUAGGCUCAAGACGUAUGCCACCUUUCCAGAAGCACCUCAGGAGGAGGCUUCUCUCAGCAAUAGGCUCAAGACGUAUGCCACCUUUCCAGAAGCACCUCAGGAGGAGGCUUCUCUCAGCAAUAGGCUCAAGAGGUAUGCCACCUUUCCAGAAGCACCUCAGGAGGAGGCUUCUCUCAGCAAUAGGCUCAAGACGUAUGCCACCUUUCCAGAAGCACCUCAGGAGGAGGCUUCUCUCAGCAAUAGGCUCAAGAUGUAUGCCAACUUUCCAGAAGCACCUCAGGAGGAGGCUUCUCUCAGCAAUAGGCUCAAGACGUAUGCCAACUUUCCAGAAGCACCUCAGGAGGAGGCUUCUCUCAGCAAUAGGCUCAAGACGUAUGCCAACUUUCCAGAAGCACCUCAGGAGGAGGCUUCUCUCAGCAAUAGGCUCAAGACGUAUGCCAACUUUCCAGAAGCACCUCAGGAGGAGGCUUCUCUCAGCAAUAGGCUCAAGACGUAUGCCAACUUUCCAGAAGCACCUCAGGAGGAGGCUUCUCUCAGCAAUAGGCUCAAGACGUAUGCCAACUUUCCAGAAGCACCUCAGGAGGAGGCUUCUCUCAGCAAUAGGCUCAAGACGUAUGCCACCUUUCCAGAAGCACCUCAGGAGGAAGCUUCUCUCAGCAAUAGGCUCAAGACGUAUGCCACCUUUCCAGAAGCACCUCAGGAGGAGGCUUCUCUCAGCAAUAGGCUCAAGACGUAUGCCACCUUUCCAGAAGCACCUCAGGAGGAGGCUUCUCUCAGCAAUAGGCUCAAGACGUAUGCCACCUUUCCAGAAGCACCUCAGGAGGAGGCUUCUCUCAGCAAUAGGCUCAAGACGUAUGCCACCUUUCCAGAAGCACCUCAGGAGGAGGCUUCUCUCAGCAAUAGGCUCAAGACGUAUGCCACCUUUCCAGAAGCACCUCAGGAGGAGGCUUCUCUCAGCAAUAGGCUCAAGACGUAUGCCACCUUUCCAGAAGCACCUCAGGAGGAGGCUUCUCUCAGCAAUAGGCUCAAGACGUAUGCCACCUUUCCAGAAGCACCUCAGGAGGAGGCUUCUCUCAGCAAUAGGCUCAAGACGUAUGCCACCUUUCCAGAAGCACCUCAGGAGGAGGCUUCUCUCAGCAAUAGGCUCAAGACGUAUGCCAACUUUCCAGAAGCACCUCAGGAGGAGGCUUCUCUCAGCAAUAGGCUCAAGACGUAUGCCACCUUUCCAGAAGCACCUCAGGAGGAGGCUUCUCUCAGCAAUAGGCUCAAGACGUAUGCCACCUUUCCAGAAGCACCUCAGGAGGAGGCUUCUCUCAGCAAUAGGCUCAAGACGUAUGCCACCUUUCCAGAAGCACCUCAGGAGGAGGCUUCUCUCAGCAAUAGGCUCAAGACGUAUGCCACCUUUCCAGAAGCACCUCAGGAGGAGGCUUCUCUCAGCAAUAGGCUCAAGACGUAUGCCAACUUUCCAGAAGCACCUCAGGAGGAGGCUUCUCUCAGCAAUAGGCUCAAGACGUAUGCCACCUUUCCAGAAGCACCUCAGGAGGAGGCUUCUCUCAGCAAUAGGCUCAAGACGUAUGCCACCUUUCCAGAAGCACCUCAGGAGGAGGCUUCUCUCAGCAAUAGGCUCAAGACGUAUGCCACCUUUCCAGAAGCACCUCAGGAGGAGGCUUCUCUCAGCAAUAGGCUCAAGACGUAUGCCAACUUUCCAGAAGCACCUCAGGAGGAGGCUUCUCUCAGCAAUAGGCUCAAGACGUAUGCCACCUUUCCAGAAGCACCUCAGGAGGAGGCUUCUCUCAGCAAUAGGCUCAAGACGUAUGCCAACUUUCCAGAAGCACCUCAGGAGGAGGCUUCUCUCAGCAAUAGGCUCAAGACGUAUGCCACCUUUCCAGAAGCACCUCAGGAGGAGGCUUCUCUCAGCAAUAGGCUCAAGACGUAUGCCACCUUUCCAGAAGCACCUCAGGAGGAGGCUUCUCUCAGCAAUAGGCUCAAGACGUAUGCCACCUUUCCAGAAGCACCUCAGGAGGAGGCUUCUCUCAGCAAUAGGCUCAAGACGUAUGCCACCUUUCCAGAAGCACCUCAGGAGGAGGCUUCUCUCAGCAAUAGGCUCAAGACGUAUGCCAACUUUCCAGAAGCACCUCAGGAGGAGGCUUCUCUCAGCAAUAGGCUCAAGACGUAUGCCACCUUUCCAGAAGCACCUCAGGAGGAGGCUUCUCUCAGCAAUAGGCUCAAGACGUAUGCCACCUUUCCAGAAGCACCUCAGGAGGAGGCUUCUCUCAGCAAUAGGCUCAAGACGUAUGCCACCUUUCCAGAAGCACCUCAGGAGGAGGCUUCUCUCAGCAAUAGGCUCAAGACGUAUGCCACCUUUCCAGAAGCACCUCAGGAGGAGGCUUCUCUCAGCAAUAGGCUCAAGACGUAUGCCACCUUUCCAGAAGCACCUCAGGAGGAGGCUUCUCUCAGCAAUAGGCUCAAGACGUAUGCCACCUUUCCAGAAGCACCUCAGGAGGAGGCUUCUCUCAGCAAUAGGCUCAAGACGUAUGCCACCUUUCCAGAAGCACCUCAGGAGGAGGCUUCUCUCAGCAAUAGGCUCAAGACGUAUGCCACCUUUCCAGAAGCACCUCAGGAGGAGGCUUCUCUCAGCAAUAGGCAACUCCAGAGAUGCCCCGAGAACACUGUCCCAAGUCUAGAGGACCACCAACUUCAGCACAGCAACUCGAGGAAUGCUCUGUGUACCCCAAAUCGUCUCGAGAUGAGAGCUGAUUCCCUGGCUUAG